GGGAUUUGAUACAUGCCCACUACCUAUUUUUAUUGAAAUCUCAUUUGAUUAAUUAAUAAUUCUGAUUUUCUCAAAUCUCAAUUACUUGUGUUUAAUUCCCUUUCUUAAAACAUAAUCCCUCCCCUCUGGCUGUCUUUUGGUGGAGGAACGCUUGUCACCUACGCCUUUUUAGUUCCCACUCUCUCCAUCUAUUUUUACAGUUGUUGUUUGAUCUGCUUGGUAAUGGAGAAGCACACUUGCAAGCUCUGCUUCCGUAGCUUCGCCAAUGGCCGAGCUCUUGGUGGUCACAUGCGCUCUCACGUGGCGACCAGCACAAAGGCUCUCUGGCCGUCAGAAUCUCCAUCCUCCCGCAAUGAAGAAGAAGAUGACGUGGACGGAAAGAUGGGCCCACUAGGCUACGGACUCCGAGAGAACCCAAAUAAGAGCUUACGGUUAUUAGAUCCAGAGUUCUCCUCCGUCGUCGGAUCCUCCAUUAUCGUUCAGGAUCGAGAAAGCGAGACCGAAUCAUCACUUGCUCCAGCGAUCACUCACCGCUGGAGAUCCAAGCGGGCGAGGAAAGAUCCGAUUCAGGUUCAAGAACCCGAACCCGUUAGCUCCGUCUCCAAUAGGACGCCGGAGGAGGACGUGGCACUCUCUCUCAUGAUUCUCUCCCGCGAUUUCUGGGCCCCAGUGACCAAGUCUACAGAACAACUAAUGGAUAAAGAUGAAGAAGAAUACGAGAUCGGAAUCGAAGAGCAUCGAUCAAGAAACAAUCGUUCGAGGUAUCAGUGCCGUACGUGCAAGAAAGUUUUCCGAUCGUAUCAGGCACUGGGCGGCCACCGUGCUAGUCACAAGAAAGCGAACGGGUGCGUCCCGCCGGCGCCCAUUAAGAAUAAGGAUCCGCUUGCGGCCCGAAUCCUGGUCCACGAUGCCAAUGCUGAGCGAGUUCACCAUGAAUGCCCUGUUUGCUAUCGAGUGUUUAGUUCGGGUCAGGCUCUUGGUGGGCACAAGAGAUCGCAUCUUCGCUCUUCAUGGGCGGCUACCAUUACUUUAACUUCGAGCUCCUGUGCUCCUGCUGCUGCUGCUCCAAUUGCGUCUAAGUUUGGUGAGAGUCUAAUUGAUCUCAAUCUCCCCGCUCCAAUGGAGGAUGAUGCUGAAGUUUCUGCUGUUUCUGAUGCUGGGUUUGUGAUGACAAAACGUUCAAAAUAAGCAAGAGGAGCUUAAUUCCAGAUUACAGGCAUACAAAACAAAUUUAAUUGUUUCCUUUUCUUUUUCUUUUUUUUUUCCAAAAUUUUCUCAUAUAGUUAGAAUUGGGAAAGCUGUUGAUUUCAGUGGGUUCUCUGUAACUACCCUGCUUUCUGCUGUUCCUACGGCUUCUGACAUUUUAAUUCUUUUUCAUUUUUUUUGGGAAAUUCGUUCUAGGGGAAAUUAGAUUAGCUGGCAAUGUAAGAAACACCCUUUUUUCUUUAAUUUUAAUUUCGACCUGAAGUGUAAGUUACUGUGUGAUUUAGUUCAGCAGUUUGUGA